AUGAAGAAUCAUUAUUCUUCGGUUGUUUCCCUUUUCAGAGAUAUGUGUGUCCGGGGCAUUCAUGUUGAUGAGGCCACCCUUAAUAUAAUGAUUAAUUGUUACUGCGUUGUGGGCCGAGUGGAUUUAGCUUUUUCAACAUUGUCUGGCUUCUUCAAACGUGGUUUUGUUCCUAAUGUGGUCACCUUUGGCACUUUACUUAAGGGACUCUUCCGAGACCAUAAGGUUCCUGAGGCGCAAGAAUUGUUCAAAAAGUUAAUCAAAGAAAAACUUUGUAAACCCAAUGAAACUAUGUUGGGGAUUGUGAUAGAUGGGCUCUGUAAGGCAGGAAACACUCAAACAGCCAUUGAAUUCCUCAGAGCAACGGAAAAACGAGGAAGUCCUUGUAAACCUGAUGCAAUUAUGUAUAAUACCAUCAUUGAUAGCUUGGGCAAGGAUAAAAUGGUUGAUGAAGCUCUUGCCCUCUUACAGGAGAUGAUUGAAAAGGACAUUCCCCCGAAUGUUGUCACUUACAGUUGUUUGAUUCAGGGUCUGUGCAGCUUAAGCAGAUGGAAGGAUGUUGACAAGCUCUUUGCUGAGAUGAAGGCUUAUAAAAUUGUUCCAAAUGUUAUUACUUUUAAUAUAGUGGUGGAUGCACUAUGUAAGGAAGGGCAUAUAGAAGAUGCUGAAGAGGUAGUCCAGAUCAUGAUCCAGCAAGGUCAAAAUCCCAACCUGGUCACAUACAGUUCCUUAAUGGAUGGGUACUGUUUACAGAGGCGAAUAGAUGACGCAAGGAGAGUUUUCGAUACCAUGGUUGCUAGUGGCCUUACACCUGAUCUCCAUUGCUAUGGUAUUCUGAUAAAUGCCUAUUACAAGACCAAGAAAGUGAAUGCAGCCAUGAAGCUCUUUCGAGAGAUUCCACAUAAAGGUUUAACACCUGAUAUUGUUAUUUAUAACAGUGUGUUGCAGGGGUUAUUUAGUUCAGGAAGGUAUCUUAGUGCACGAGAAAUUUUCAACGAGAUGCAAGCUUCUGGCAUGAAGCCUGAUUUUCACACUUACUGUGUGGUACUGGAUGGAUUAUGCAAGACUGGACAUGUUGAUGAAGCAUUGGAGUUAUUACAUGCAACCCAAGCCGAUGGAACAGAUCUUUACAUUGAAAUGUAUAAUAUCAUGCUUGAUGGGUUGUGUAAAUGCAGGAGGCUCGAUAGUGCCCGAGAUCUUUUCAAAAAUCUCUCCCUCAAAGGAUUGGACCCUAAUGUUUUGACAUACAGUAUCAUGAUUGCUGGCCUACUUUCAGAAGGUUUGCUCAUGGAAGCUAAAGAGCUUGUUGCAAAAAUGGAAGAGAAGGGUUGCCUGGCAGAUAGUGUUACAUACAAUGUUAUUCUGCAAGGACUCCUUAAGGGAGGUCAUUAUGAGGACACAAUGGCCUAUUACGAAGAAAUGGUUCACAGAGGAUUCUCUUUGGAUGCAUCUACCUUUUCCAUUUUACUUGAUUCUGCUACUGAAAAACAGAAGAAUCCUUCUCUACUUAUGUUGAUGCUGAAGAUUGAUCCUGAUAGCAAGAAGUUUAUGGAUGGGAGAUAA